GGUGGAAAAAAAGGUUCUGUACGUGACGUUUUCUUUGUCUUUUUCACACAAGUCACAAAAAAUGUCGGAUUUUCAUGAAACUUGAUAUGCGCACAUAGAAUGUCGAUACGUAAGUGCAAAAAAUUUUGUUUGAAUUUUUUGGACAUUUCAAAAAGUUUUUUCGGUGGCAGGAGCAUAUGCUCCCACGUGCCGAAUUGAAUUUCUCCAACUUGUAAAUUUGAUAGCUUUGUUGGGUUAAAAGGCUAUCUAAUUCCUUAAUUGGUGAAAGACACAUAUUAUUGGUUUUAUUAAAUUAAAUUUGUUCUGAUUCAUAUAGACUUACGAAAUAUCAAAUCUUAAGUUUGCAGAAAAAAAAAUAUUGGCGUGAAGAUGUGCAGAAUUGGCGCUGAGCAACGUAGAUAAUGGAUAGACAACGGCUAUAGGUGCCAUGCCUUUCAGCUGUAUCUAAAGGUAUAAUUGAUGCACCCCCAUGGGGGUCUCACAGGGCACUUAGCUUCUGAGCCGUCGGAUCUGCACAUUCUGGCCAAUCUCGUCCGUUGCUUGUAGGUUUAGAACCUGCUAGAUAAAUCAAUGCAAUGGACGUGUCCUACCCGCCUCAGGCUGCUCAUGGGUCCAACCAUCGUCCGGGCCCGCUCGUCGGUAGCUGUGGGUGAGGUUGGCUUUGGUCGGCCGCGUCGCAUGGACACGAGGAAAGAUCUCCACUCCGCUGCUCUCCCGUUAGUCCACUAGCUAGAUAAAUCCAUGCAAUUGUCGUGUGUUACCCGGCUCAGGCUGCUCGUGGGCCUCACCAUCGUCCGGGUCCACCCGUCGGUCGCUGCGGGAGAGGUCAGCUUCGUCCGGCGUGCCAUCGCGGGCGUAGGGGCGCUGCCCACCCAAUCCUCGAUCCCAUCCUCUCCCCCAGUCCGGGUCCACCGCGCUCGCUUGGAGCUCCCACUCCCGCAUCUCCCCACCUCCUUGUCAUGAAAUUGCUGCGAGGUGGAGCGGCACGGUCGUCGUCUUCAUGGGAACACCACUUCUCCUCUUCUUCCCCUGCUCUGGAGCAGUCGGCCGCACGGUAGCCGCCACGAGCUUCCACCGCGCUUCGCCGUCCUCCACCUCGAUCUGGAGCACCGGCAGCCGGGUGAGACCACCACCUCACACCAUCUCUGUCUCAAAACAAAUCUGGCGGCAGUGGAAAAUCAUGGCAUGGUAGGCGGCCGUGGUGUGGGAUUGAGGUCAACAAUGGCGGCAGCAGCUGGCGGACGACGGAGGCUGCAUCGCGAACAGAUGCAGAAGAUAUGUGGAGGCGGUCACCCGAUCUGCUUAUGGCGCAAAAGAUAAAGGGACGGGCCGGCUAGGAGGUGGACAAAUGCGAGGCUCCCACGGUUGUAUGCCUCAUCGGCCUGGCGGCAUCACCAUGAGGACAAAUGCGUAGAGGUUGAUGUGCAGCCAGGCCACAGCGCUGGCACAUCCAUCCUCACUGCCCCAGGCCAGAUAAGGCUGAGAGUUCCCAGCCAGGCUAGCGUGAACUUACUCUUACUCGAGACGGCAGUCCUGCUAUUUCAUGGAUGAACUCGGUUCCUAAUGGUGCUAAAUAUACCAUUCUUUCUACUAUGUAGUUUGCAACUUAUUUUCGCUCCACUAAAUCACCAAGGGAAUACACUAGAGUAAGGUGCAGGGAAGUGCUGGUUGAUAUUUUCUAUAAAAGUUUACUGGUUAAUAAUAGCUACGAUGGAGUGGAGGAAUAAGCUUAAUAGUAUCAAGAAAAACUGCUAUUGUAGAUGCCAGCGCUGCUCCUGGCCAGAUUGUCCAUUAUAUGGAGCGUAGAAGAGAUAAAAUAGAUUGUAGGUAUGGUGUCAGUACCAAAUAAAUCCCUGCAGCUGCGAGCAUGCAUUUUGCAAUUUUGGAUCAAAUUAACUUUCAUGUUUCGAGGAGGCUAUACAGAUCUUUUCUAUGUUACUACUCCAUGUUAGGAACGGCAUUUUUUUUGAUAUUUCUGCAUGGAUAGGAUUUAUAUGUUUUCCACUGUUUCUCCUCGAUACAUGCUCAAUCUCUAAUACUGCACGAUCUAAUCAUCCUGCCUUCCAGAGUUCAGCAAAAUUAUGAUCCCUAGACUUAAAAUAUUUGCCUAUAAACUUGAUGUUUAAGUUAAUUCCUUGUAGAGUUCAUAUCUUUUCUUCAAAGCUUUUCAGUUAUUUAAAAGUGGUGGUGCUGAAAAAAUUAAGCUAGCUUCAUAGAGUACUUGAGUGACACAGGUUUUUAUUUACAUAUGGUUUCUUUCUUGUACAGAAAAACUCAUCCAAGUCCACAUUAUUUUGCUGAACCAUGAAAAUUAUCUGUAAUUGUAACCACAAAUUCCAUUUUGCUACAUUCAUUUAUAAUAGUAUGUAUACUCGUUCCUUAUAUGAUGCAAAGAAUUACCUGGAAAUCAGCGACAUAUGUGCCAGAACACCCAAGUUGUGGUUCUGUCAUAACAGUUAAUUGUGCAAUUUUUUUUGCAGAUGUUUUAAUCUAUACUCCAACUGGUUAGUCCUCAUCUUGCUUACUGCUGUUGCUAACUAUGUAUAACAGGCAUUACAUGUAUAGAAUUCGGCGAACUAACUUACAAACUUGUAUAGUCUGAUUUUUUGCCAUGUGUACAUAUGUGCCAUGUGUACACAUUAAGUUAAUCCAGUUUCUAAUUAUUUUUUUAUUAGAGAACAACUUGAGUGCGUCCUAAUUUUUUAGUCCUCUUCUUUCUUGUUCCUGGGAACAACCAGAAAGUGCAGGUUUUUAUGCAGCAUAUAAUCGACAAGUUAAGUAUUGUGAAAAUGCCGUCGCAAGGGCAUGGGGAAGGUCAAUAAUUGUCUUCCAGCAUGACUAAAAAAGUCUUAAUGUGAUCAUAGGUUAUGUUCGAGCGUCACUAAAUCGAUGCCUCAAGCGACAGGUGAAUAGCUUGCUUGGAGCUCCAGGAUGAUCAUCAGCAGCCUGGAAUGUGUACUCUGGAUGUUGGGUCAGUUACAUAUCAUACUUGAGUUGCCCCACUACAGCCUGCAGGAGCAUCACACGUCAGGCCAAAAGUCACAAAACCUAUGUCUUUUGUCUACUCUUCGUCCCGUCAUUGCUUCCAUAGGGCAGGCCAUCGUGUUCAUUCAUGAGAUCCAGUUCACAAGGUACGUUGCCUAAACAAAUAUAUGGUGACCAUGGCUGUGUGGGGAAUCUGAACAAAUAUUUCUCUGCUUCACAUCUUCGUUUCUGUAGUAAAAAUUUUUUUUGUGUAGCAAGUAUAUUUUCCUUGCAUAUUGUUUAGAUAGUCCUGACUACUGACUGUGCAAUUGACCACUUACACAAGUUAGGUUGUUCAGUAGCGAUGCCCUUGCAGCAAAAUAUUUAUUUCAGUAAAUGAUGCCUAAUUUAUCAUGGUUAUGCUUUGUAGAAGGAAUAUAGAUGGGUAAUUGACAUGUGUUUUGGAUCUUGAUUCCUGUAUACUACUGCCUACCAAUGUGCUUGUCUUUGUUUGCUAUAAUAUCGUUUCUUUUUUACUGUAACUAAAAGGGAAUUGAUAGGUGUGUUCGAUGUUCUAUCUUGGAUUAUAAUUAGGUGAGUAGCUUCAGAUGGCAUGUUUUUCAAUCUUUUGUUUUCUAAAUAUUACAUGGCUGGUAAAUUGUUCAUGUGCGCACAACAGGUUCUUCCGGGCCAAGCUUAUUGAUUAGUUUCUAAUCGUUUUUGCACAUGUGCUACGUUUUUUGAUAGUUUUAUGGUUUGACCCGCCAAUGAUUUUUGUUAGCAGCCGAUAAAAGACCACAGUUCGUUUCCUUUUUAACAUUGUUUUGCUGUCUAAAAUUCAGCUUUCUUGGUAGAUUGGCUGGCGAUGCAAGUCUCGUGUAGUUUGUAGGUGCUGACAACUGCCACAGAAAGCUCAGGCUAAUGGACCGCCCAAGGAGGCAGCGUAAAUCUGGAGCAGGUAUAAUGUCUGAAAUGUUUUGGAUAUAUAUUAUUUUGUCUACUUUUGGGUAUUCUUGCAAUCCUUCUUACAUGAAGUAAAUGUAGGCAUAUAAUCUUUAUCUUCUGCUUGUUAUUUUGGAAACAUAUGUUAUUUCAGAACCAUAUUAUCUAUGUAACUCUGUUGGUUAUCCGCUAUGUACUCUACGUCUGCUUCCAGAUGGGUUUAGUACUUGUGUUCAAAACAUCCACCGUAUCCUGGUCACACUUUGUUUAGUGCCUUUUCUCUGCUAACCAAAACUACUCUUGCAAAUUUAUCGGGUACCUAACGCGUCCGUUAGGAUUUUUCUUCGUAUCUGUUGAUACGGAUAAAAAUAGCAGAGCGCAGUCUUCGGCGAUGCCACGCCCAGCAGAACGGAUCUGGGGUCUUACCUUCGCCAAUUUGCGGCAUUCAGAAAUUGAUCGCAACUUUGGCGUUCUGAGAAUAUAUUGUCGAGUGCUUUUUCGGCUGUUGGAAUGGCACAUUUUAUCGAGUCAAAGAUGACUUAUAUUGCUCUCCCGAUGGGAGUAUAUGUAGAGUUAAUUAUAACUCGAAAUAUACUCUUUUGCUCUUCUAUCUUUCUUUUUCUCUUUCUUUCUUUCUUUUUUAUAAUUUCAUCGGGCACGCGAGCAGCGUUCCCGAUGGGAGUAGCCCCCGAGGCUACAGCCAAGGACUUGUACUUGGGUGUAGGCUCCACGCCUUAUGCCGAUAUAUUUUCUUUUAUCUCCCGAAGUUUUAUAAUUUCUCGGGUGCGCGAACAGCGCUCCCGAUGGGAGUAGCCCCCGAGGCUAUGAACAAAUAUUUGUAUUUGGUCAUAGGCUCACGCCAUUUCUAUUUUGUCUUUCUGGAUCUUUUUUCUUUUUUCCAAAGUAGCCCCCGAGCGUUUGAUCAAAAACUUGUAUUUGAUCAAAGGCUCAACAUUAUUUUUCCGUGUCGCCUUUUAUGAAGCUGUUGAGUCGAAUUUUUUCUUCUGCCAAGAUGACGUUGUUGCUGACGAUAGCCACGAUUGCUUGUCAAAAAUUUGCGACAAGUCUUUUCUCGCUGCCAUGCGGGCCCAAUUAAUCCACUGUCUUGACACGUCGUGCAAGUGGGGGACACACGUCCUCCGCUUUUUCUGGCGCACGCACCGUAACUUCCCCAACAUUGAAUUACUUUUUUACCCUUGUUGCCACGUGGCUAUCAUCUGUCACACAUUUUCCUUAUCCAACGGUUCGUCGUUUCACCGCACCCCUAUAUAAGUUCGUCUUCUUCCUCCUUGGGCACUUCCGCUCGCGCCGUCCUCCUGCUCUCAUCUGCAAACUUCCUCCUGCGACCCACAGCCACCUAAGCUCCUCGUCUCCAAGCUGCGAACCUUGCGCCAUUGUUGAUGCCACCGCGUCGAUUGACGAGGCACAGCACGCCGGAAUCCUCCAUGGCCGCCGUGGAUCUGGGGACAGCAGAGUGGGAGAGAUCGAAGAUUUCCACUCAGGACAUCAACAUGCUGAAGAAGCUGGGGAUCAGCAAGAAACCCAAGGCACUGUGCUUCCCCCGUGAGGAAAGCUACCCAACCCCUCCAAUGGGGUACCGGGUAAGUUUUGUCGACCACCUCAUCCGCAGUCUUUCCGCCCCCAUUCAUCCUUUUCUCCGUGGACUUCUUUUUAUCUACGGUUUGCAACUCCACCACCUCACGCCAAAUUCAAUCCUCCAUAUUUCCAUUUUCAUCACUUUGUGCGAGGCCUUCCUUGGCGUCCAGCCUAACUGGGCGCUAUGGAAGCGCAUUUUCUUCUGCCGCCGUAAUGGCUCGCCCAAUGUCGCCUAUAAUAUAGGCGGCGUUGUGAUUUCUGUUCGGCCCACUGUCGACUACUUCGAUGUCAAGCUUCCUGACUCAGUUCAAGGAUGGCGCAAGAAGUGGUUGUACAUUCAGGAGGAGAACCAUGGAUGUGCAGAGGACAACAUCCCUCCUUUUGAUGGCGCCGAGAAAAUCUUUCGCCGCCGCUCCUGGGAUGUGGAGGCCACCGAAGAAGAAAGGGUGUCGACAGAAACCUUGAUGGCUCGUAUCCACGAGUUGCAAAAUACUCGCGGCAAAGAAUUAUCGGGUAUCCAAAUCACUGCAUACUUUCUUAGGACUAGAGUGCAGCCACUUCAAGCUCGCAAGUAUCCUCUCUGGAAAUAUGCUGGCGAGAAGGAUGAAGAUCGGCUGUCGGUGGAUUUGGAGGUCAAAGACUUGGAAAAGCUUGUCCGAAAAAUCUCAUCUCUCAGCAAAAAAGAUCCUGUCCCUGCUUCUUGUCGUGUAAAACCAUUUAGCGCCGCCAAUCCACUCCCCCAGAAUCAUCCAGACCUUGUCUCGCUUCCUCCUCUUCCUGAAGGUGGAGAAGUCGAAGAAAGGGCCAUUGUCACUGAUGACAAUCAAGAAGCUCUGUCUUUUGUGAAUGAACCCGUGGAUUCUCGAAAAUCUGCGGGAUCUUCCGAAGGCACUGCAUCAGCACUAUCUCCUCCUCCCGCUGUUUCUCCCAAGGGCAAAAGGAAGAGGAAUGACGUCGAAGAUUCCGGCACUUCCAAAGCCGAAGAAGUUGAUCCUUCAUGUCAGAAGGCAACUUAUGAUCCUUAUCUUGAAUCCCUCGUCAGCUCCGAUGAUGAGAAAGAAGUACCAACUUUUGACGUGGCUCCUCGGACGAGCACGUCACAUACUUUACUUGCUUCGGAUACGCUAGUUGAAGGAGAAGAAUCCUCGCCUCCUCAACAAAAUGUCGUCACCACUACUCCGCCAUCAAGCCCCCUUGCUCCUUCACCAAAAAGGACAAGGAUUGAAACGAUCAUUGAGCCUGCCCCUCAAUUGGGUAGCUCUUCUUCUCUGCUCUUGGAUGAUCCCAUGAUCAAAGAGCUUAUCCGCAUCGGAUCCCAAUUCAUUGGGUACUGUGAGUAUGCCAGCAGAACUGAAGAGAAACUUGCAGAGGUCAGCAAGCGUGCCGACGCACUUGCUCAAAAACUGGAGCAAAGUGAAGCGGCCCGCAAGAAAGCCGAACUUGUUGCUAGCGAAGCCAAAGCAGAGGCUGAUGAAGCCAAAGCAAAAGCUGCUAGUGUCGAGGAGCUGCAGAAAAGACUUGAGGAUGCUGAGGCUGCAUUAAAUGAGCACAAAGCCGCACAGGCUGCUCGUGAAAAGGGAAUCCUCAAGCGCCUGAGUUCGCAAAGUCGGCGCUUCAAAGGCCAAACAAACCAAGAGUUUGAUCUGGAGAAUCCCGACAAUGAUCCUCUUCUUGACGCACUUUCUUAUCUGGAGUUUCAUGGAUCCGAAAUUCGUGAAGGCGUGGUGAAUGCUGACGCAGGAUUAUCGAAGCUAUUCCCCUACUUCUUCCCGAAGAAAGAGGAGCCCAAGACUUUCCUUGCCCUUGCUCAGAGCUUCAAUCCAUCAGAGGACCUUGGGCUGAAAAUGCGCCAGGAGAACAUGAAGAUUGCUGUCGAGAGCACUGUUGCCUUGGUUGCUGACAGCCAGCAAACUGUUGACUGGAUGAAGGUUGGCGACACCGAGCAGAUAGAGCAAUCAAAAUGGCGGUCUUUGAUCAAGGCAGCCAAACCCAAUACGAAGAAAAUUCUGGCCUAUCUCGGGAUCAAGCCAUCUUCAACUCCUAGCUCAUCGAGGCCGGAGGUCUAGUUGCAUGCCUCUUUGUUUUUUGCUUUCUCUGUCUCUUUUGCCUUUGUCGCCAAUUUAGCUGUGGCGACAAUUAUCCUGGUAGUCCUUUUGGAGAAACUUCUUUUGUAAUGUCUAUGUAAAUUUUUCUAGAAAUUAAUGAAAUUCCUUCUGGCACUAUCAUUGAUCCUGGCGCUUUCUUUUCCAGUUAAUAUUUGAUAACUAUUCGACCAAUCCUUGCUCUGCCGAUGCUUCACCUGCUUCUUCCUUCUCGAAGAAAAUGCUAGUUGAUAACGACCCCCUUGAAGGUUCUUCGAGCAAACAUUUCUCGGAGGAUUUGCAAGAACUUCGACAGCAACUUCAAUCCAUGAAGAAACAAACUCUGGCAAUGAUGGAACAGUCUCGAAAAGCAUCCGAACAAGAAAAACUCGCUCUCCAACAAGCCAAAGAGGCUAUGGCUGCCAAGGAUACUGCUGUAUUGGAAGCAAAGGGAGCCAUUACCCGAGAAAAUAGCAUGCUCGAGCUAAUGUUGGAGGCUAGCACAGAUAUGUUAGGUAUGUUUUUCCAAACUCACAAUGCUUCCUUUUUA